CCUUCAGGGCCCCUUCCAACUCUACUCUUCUAUGAUUCUAUGAUUUUAUGAGCUAGAUGAGACCAAGAGUCAGCGACCAGCCCAAAGUCACUUGGUGAGCUUAUGGCUGAGCGGGUACUCUCCCGAGUCUUGGCCAAACCCUGCAACCCCUACAGGAACCCCUGUUCCUUGUAAGCCGCCCAGACCCUUUUUUAGUAAUGGACGGCAUGGAAAAAUUUAAAAUAAAUAAAGCACACCAUGGCAGGUCUCAGAUAUAUCUAAAAUUGCAUGAAUUCCACAUGAUUAGAAAGCUACUAAAUGUGUGGACAAAGAUGGGUGCCUUGGCGAGACCUUCUCUCUAGACCAGGUCUGUCAAAUCGAACUUUCCACAUGAGAGAAAAAUAUGAUGUGUUGUUUUUGCAGUAGAAUAGAGAGCUGAACCUGAGGCACACUGAGGGUAAGGAUGUGGAGAGUUGAGCAAACACCUGAAGGAUCGAAAGAAAAACUGCUGACAAUUUAACAUGCGGUUCUAUCUAAAACAGGAACUGUGGUCAAGCACGGGAAACGGCAGCUGUGACGGAGAGGUUAGGCCGAAUGCUCAGCCGAAGAAGGGAAUGAAUAAAUAAAUAAGGGCAGGGGGCUGCUUGGGAUAGAGUCGAAGAAGGGAAUCAUAAAUAUGGGCAGGGGCCUGCUUGGGAUAGAGUAGCGGGAGAUAUCAACAGAGGUGGAAUCCAUACAGUGCUUUUAGGCACUUUGGAUAGGCUGUCAACCUUGCAGGACCCAGCCAGUGGGGAAACGAGGGAGGGAAUCGGCACGCUGAGAUAAGGAUAAAUACAUCUGUUUGGCAUUGCCCGGGCGUGUGCCUACUGAGAUAGAACGGCCCUUUUGCGAAAGGUAAAAUAAAAACAGUGCUGCUUGCGUUUCGUGCCGCUCCUCUUAGUUCUAACUUAAAGUGUGAGUGCCGGAGCCGUUUCUCACACACAAGGCAGCUGUUUGUCCAGCUUCACCAACCGCGGGCUCCAACUGCAGACCUUCCAUGCCAACAGAGCAGAUUCUCAAGUGUAAAAUGCACAGAAUGUGAAGGAACGCUUGUGUGCAUGUUCUCGGGUGUACCGGUGUACGUCUUGGUGUGCGUGCGUCGGCGUGUCGCUGCACGUUCCUGCGUGUUUGUGUCCCUGGCUGUGCUUGGCUCUGCAUGUUCCAGGGCACGCCUGCAUUCGCAUGCAGCCGGGUUGCACUGGCUUGUGCGCUCGUGCCGGUUUGACUCUUGCAGCCCGAGCCGGCAUGGGAAGGGCUCUGCCUGGACCGAGAGAUUCCGGGAACCUGCUGGUGGCUCCGCAAAGUGGCCGCUGCACGUAUCUAACCAGCCGAGCAUCCGCUGCCGCAUUUCCUUCGAGAACGGUCCUCACUAUGCCUGAGGGCAGCAGAGCAAAGCAGCGCAGAGCAGAGCAGGGGAGAAAAGCAUUUCAGAUGCAUCUCUGAGUGAGCCACGAGGAUGGGGCAGGUUGCCUGGAAGGAACUGUGCUUGUCGCUCUUCGAUUAUAAAACUGAGAAAUAUGUCAUUGCUAAGAACAAGAAGGUGGGGAUUCUGUAUCGUGCCGUCCAGCUGUUCAUUUUGGCAUACAUUGUGGGGUGGGUGUUCAUGGUUAAAAAGGGAUACCAAGAUGUGGACACCUCCAUCCAGAGCUCUGUCAUCACCAAGCUGAAAGGAGUCGCGUUCACCAACACUUCGGAGCUGAGCCAGAAGGUGUGGGAUGUGGCGGACUACGUAAUUCCUUCACAGGGAGAAAGCGUCUUCUUCGUAAUUACCAACCUGAUCAUCACGCCAAACCAACGACAAAGCACCUGUGCGGAGAGUCCCAGCAUUCCGGACGCCCUGUGUUACCGUGACGGUGACUGCGCUUCUGGGGAAGCGGUGAUUGCUGGCAAUGGUGUCAAGACGGGCCGCUGUCUCAAAGCUGGGGCCAACAAGAGCGGGACCUGCGAAAUACUAGCUUGGUGCCCGGUGGAAAAGAGGGGCAGACCCAAGAAACCUCUUCUAGCAAAUGCCGAGAACUUCACUGUUUACAUCAAGAACUCCAUCUGCUUCCCCAGGUUUCAUUUCUGCAAAACCAACGUUCUCGAAACCAAGGACGACACCUAUCUGAAGACAUGCCGCUAUGGACCGGAGCACCCAUACUGUCCCAUAUUCUUGCUGGGGAACCUCAUCCACUGGGCUGGGAAUAACUUUCAGGAAAUGGCAUCAGAGGGCGGCGUGAUCGGGAUUCAGAUCAGCUGGAACUGUGACCUGGAUAAAGCAGCAUCCCAGUGCAACCCACAGUAUUCCUUCAGCCGCCUGGACAGUCGGCUUACGGAGAAGUCCGUCUCUUCUGGAUACAACUUCAGAUUUGCCAAGUAUUACCGGGAUGCGGCUGACGUCGAUUUCCGCACGCUGAUCAAGGCAUACGGAAUCCGCUUCGAUGUGAUCGUGAAUGGCAAGGCGGGGAAAUUUAACAUCAUCCCGACGAUCAUCAACGUGGGGUCUGGCCUAGCACUGAUGGGGGCGGGAGCCUUCUUCUGUGACCUGGUGUUGUUGUAUCUCCUCCGGAAGAGCAAUUUCUACCGAGGCAAAAAGUACGAAGAAGUGAGGUACGUCGCCCUCAGAUCCACAGCGAAGCCUUUACCGGCAGGGACCGUCAACGGGAACCAGAGUGACCAUUCCUUGUCUGGGCUCGACCAGGUGAGCCAACUGCAGACUGUCGAGACCUAACGCUGCGGCUGAUGGCUGCAAGCCACUCUCCAAGACUCAGCCAACAGUGGAGGUGUCAUUUGCUUCGUGGAAAGUUGGGUGGUCCCAGGAGAGGAUGGCCGAGAUCGGCCCUUCCAGCUGCGCAGAGCCUUAUUUUUCAGGAGAAGUUCUGUUCCUUGAGCCAACGGAGUCCACAUGGAUCAAUGCAGGAUGUAACAUUUAAAAAGCAAUCCCCAAAGCCAUUGUAUUUGUGUAAUGGAGUCACGGAAGUAAGUAUUUUGGUGUAGCGACUGGGUAGCCAUGUUCAAAGUGGCAGGGUCCUUCCAUUUUGGGCUGCAAAACUCAUCAGGUCAAAGGGUUAUUUAUGCUUUGUGGAGUCAGGUGACUUUCGUUCUUGGAUGGACAGAACACUGAGGAUAAACGCCUUUGACUCACCUUACAGAUAUGUGUAAAUAUUUCUGGAAGAAGAAGGUGUGUCAGAGAUUAAAGUCAGGUGCUUUUUAUCCUUCUAAAUCAUCUGCAUUCCAUCCUGCAGACCAGUUUGCUUGAUUUUAACCAGACUUUCUGGAACACACUCUUGCUGUGGGUUCCUACGUCAGGCCGCAUCCAAGAGUCUUUAAACUUAGUAAGGAAAUUGUUCCACCGACAAUGGACACGUGGACAUCUUACAUUUGGCCUGUGUGACUCCGGAUUUCUCUGUUGUGGAAGGAAGAGGCUGACUUCUCAGAAGAAGAUAAGUUUUGCAGUUCAAAGGUUUCACAGCCUGCCUGCACGGACGGACGGUGUGACACGCAGAGAGAAACACAGCGACUUCUGGUGCCAUCCCGACUCUUCCACCUUUAAGAAUCACAGAGGCGGUCUGGUUGCCAGUCGGUUAGCUCCACAAUUGAUGCUGGCUGUUAAAACCAUGGGUGGGCACAGGUAACUGUUCAAACCACAAGCUUGCACUGAUGCUACUGUGAUAAACCCGAAGGUGGAGCUGUGAUUUUGAAAGGCAGAGGCCGUGUCCUUUGAUGCCAGGAAACGACACCAAUCUCCCCAAACCAUCUGGACAUCUUUUGUUCCUUUCACUUUCUAGAUCACUGUUUCUUUCCCUGCUUUCCAUUUCACCAGAACCAAGAAACUUUUCAUGAGCAGAAUGCUUUGCUCGCUUUCUUUAGGACUAAUCUCCUCUUUACUUUUGGAGGGCGUCUUUAUUAAGAGGCAAUGUCUGAGAUUUUCUGUGUAAGGUCAUGCAUGGAAUAAUAGAAGUUGAAAAGCAUUUAUAUAUGACAAACUUAUUUUCUGGCUUUCUGAUGGGUGGGAUGUGAUCAGAAUGGGAAAGGAUCUGAGAUAGAAUCAUUUUUUUAAAGGAAAUGCUCUUUUCUUCCCAUUUAUCUAUUACUAUUAUUAUUAUGUUACAUUUCUAUUCUUUCUUUUUCUUGCAAGGGAUCCAAGGUGGCUCAGUAUUGAUAUCAGUCUUUGUUUUCUUACUGUGAACAAAAUGUGAAAUGUACCAUAGCAAAGGUGAUUUCAGGGCAUUUAAAAGGGCAGAAAUUAUUCUGUGCCAUGCCGAA